GAGGCCAGUCAACUGGGUUUAGCAGGACAGGGACAUUCAGUUCUACGGGUAGACCUUUUGGGAAGCACGGACAGCGCUUUUGAUGGUUAUGAUAAUGACACGAACAAACUUGCUACACUUUUCACAGAAACGACAACUGCCGGCUUCAACGUUUGGACGUCUUCAUCAUGGAUAUGCGAUUCUCUUUUCCCCUCUAUCCUUCCACAACCUUAUUCACAAAACACGACUUAUUGUCCCUUCUCUCCAGGUCGUUUCGGUAUCAACAUUUCCAUACCCUUAUGGCGCUCUUACGCUCUCACUACCCUUCACACUCGUAUUCGAUUGGUAGAUUCUUCAGACCCUGCCGAAACUCUCUCAUGUAUCGAUAUGAACUUCACCCCAUAUCGACACAGCACGCCCUCUUACAGUCUUUUUUUGGGAUUACCCAUCGCUUUGGCCAUAGGAUAUUGGAUCGCGAGUUGGGGCGCUAGGUUCGCAGCGGGGUGGGUGAUAGGUAGUGGGGUGGCAGAGUAUGAGCAGAAGGAAGCACCAGCGAAGGCAAGGAGAGAUGGUAUGAUGAGGAAGUGGGGAACUAUGAUCAUCAGUGGGUUGAGCGGGGAGAGGUUGAGUGUCAGUGGAGGACUCUUGAGGUUUGUGACGCCUAGUUUGAGGGACAUCAUACAUCACAUUCAAUUCUGUACGAUACUGGGUAUGGUCGCAGUUGGUUGGCCAACUUUUGCUUAUCCCAUCUUUGCCCAAGGAGCCUGGGCAGACCUCGUUUGGAAUGUUACUCUUGUUCAAGGGUCCAAUACCAACGACCGAGUGUCCCCUUAUGCGACUGAUUUCACUCCCUCGUCAGACUUUGCGGCCCAAAUCAGCGACUCGUCAUUGCCUCUAUACCUCGACCCGUCCACUCCUGAUCGUCUUCUCAACCUCUACGACAUAUCAAACGGCAUGAGAUCAUUUGCUUUCGCCGUUGGUCUUCGACCACAAGAUCUGUUCGGUACAUGUCUUGCGAUCUUCUUACUCAUCACUCUCGCCGUAUGUCUCGUCAGUCUUUUCCUUUGGUUUCUCCAUGGUCUCUUCGAGUUCUUCACUGUCGAGCCUCGAGGACAUUCCAAACGAUACUCAAGAGGUAACAGUCCUCACGAUUCUUUGGGAGGUAAAGAGACAUAUGCGACUCCGGCAAUGAGCGACGGUCCGGGCAUUCUCCCCACUCAAGCUUCUUUGACCCAGACAUUGAGCGGUCAACAAUUAUCGUUCUCAAACAAGCUCAGAAAGACGUGGUGGCGAUUCAGACUCAAAGGCGAGGCAGGUGCUUUUCACGCCGCGGCUCUCUACGGCAAUCUAGUUCGACUCAUCAUCCUCUUUCAUCUUCCCAUAACGACUUUCUCAAUGUUUCAACUUGUUCUCGGUCAUGAGGCCAGUGUGGUAUCGCGAGUCUUUGCAGCAUUGGCGUUCAUCUUCAUCUCCGUUAUAAUCCCAGCUUUUCUACUCUUCAAGAUAUCUCGGACUCCCACCGGUAAACUAUAUGAUGCCACUCGCACGUUAUUAUCUCUCGGACCGAUGUACAACGUGUAUGUGGAAGAGAAACAGAUGUUCCGGAUUUUCCCGCUUUCCGCCAGCCUCAUUACCGGCAUCGUGGUCGGUGCGGGGCAAAAGAGUGGGCUGGCUCAAGCUGUGGUGUUGAUCUUAGUCGAAUUGGCAAUGUUGAUCAUCCCAGCUGUGUACUAUCCUUGGGGAGAAGGUGCUAGUAUGGGGGCUCCCAGUGCCUUCUUGGGAUUGCUACGGGUGGUAUCGGUGGUGCUCGUCAUGCUUCUUAGCCCCAACCUCAGCAUGACCCGCUCUGCGGAUGAUUGGAUCGCAUACUCCAUCUUCAUCCUCCAGGCAAUCGCAUUCGUCUUCUUCGCACUCAUGCUCAUUACCAAAGUCGUCGAAGGACUUAUCCGACUGUUCGGUUCGGUUCAUUUCGAUGAAUCAACCUCUCCAUUAGAUGGAGGUAUCUUCGCAGCGAUCAUGGACCUUGACUGUCUCAACGGUGUAAGAGGAGGGAAAGCCGCCGCUCGUCGACGUCGGAAACGAGGAUCAAAACAAUUGCAACGUAAUGUUUCCGCCGCUGGAUCGCUCACAACACAAAUGAUGCUCGAUAGACAUUCUCAAGGUAUCCCUCGUCAACCCGUAUCGGAAACACAUGUUCCUUUUUUGCAAUCUCCUACUUCUCCCGGACCACAGACUUAUUUUCCAGGCUAUCAUUCCCCCUUGGGACCUCCGCCGAUGGAACGUCUUUCAUCAGACUCUCGAUCAGAGGAACGUACAGCUGAAGGACAUAUUAUGGAUGCUUGGUCACCACCUCAUUCACCUCCUCAUAUAUAUCAAGGUUAUGCUCCUCCUGGGAAUUACGUACCUUCUGCUACUUCUCCAGAUGGUGGGAAAAGCUUUCACGUCAUUUCUGGAGGUAGGGCUGAAAUGCGUAAUCCUUAUAUUGCCACUGGGCCAGGUAGAAUACAAUCCCCUUCCCCUGUUUCGGCUUCUGGACCGAAAGUACCUACACAUAGUCGCACGUGGUCUGCCUCGGCUGCUCAGCAUGGUGGAUUCAAUUCGCCACCACCAUCUUCUUCUACUCUUCUCUCAUCUUCUCUUUAUCCGCCAGGACAUACUUCCAACGCACGUCCAAACUCUCAAGGUCUACGUCCACCUAUAUUGGCAAUUCCUAAACGACGUUCAUUGAAUAAUCUCAAAGAGGUAUCUCCUACAUCACGAUACGGUCUCGGAGAAAAAGAAAGAGAUAAGGAAAGUAAAAGAAAACAGAAACAAAAACGUCGUUCAAAACCUAUAGGAUGGUUCAUGGCCGUAAACAAAGGUGAAUCUUCUGGUACUUCCGGAACUGAAGAAGACGAAGAAUCAGAUGACGAACCUGGUCCUUCACGUAGACGUAAACAUAAACGUAUGAAGGUUCCGAUCACAGUUACGGAUGAAUUAGAGAUGCGUGAACCGGAACCAUUCCAACCUAUUCCUGCUAUUGUCGAGAGUGGUGGUGCACCUCGAGGAUGGAAAGCUACCUUGGGUUUGGUCAAAAGACGAAAGGAAGAAGAUGAGAGUGUAAGGGAUGAGAAUAAAGCUAGAAAAGCUGCUCUAGCAACUGAAUCAGGUGCUUUAUUCGCAGGUGUUCAAGCUCCUAAAACUCAAUCGAUAAAGACCCCCACACCGACUACUACGGGUUUUAAAGUUAAAAGAGCUGGUAGACCUUCUGUCUCACCUAUUUCACCUAUAUCGACAGAUGAAUUAUCUAUGUUAGGACAAAUCCGACAGGAAUCAGUAUCGUCGUUCAAAGUCAAACGACCUGGGUCUCAACCUGAACCU